GUCAGAAGCCCAACGUGGAGGAGAGGAUGUGGGUAUGCUGACAUCUGCAAGCCAGAGGUUUAACUGGAAGACGACCGUAGUCAAGCUGACAAACAACGGCCUUAGCAACCUCGAAGAAACUCCGAGACAUGUAACUUGUUGUAAAGAGACUUUGUGUCCUGUCGGGCACCCCGAAGCUCAGCCAGUCCCGGUGCCUCCCUGGGGCUUUCUGUCAUGAGGGGGCGUUGCUUUCGAAAACUGGGCGUGCUGGCCAAGGCUGGCUUCCUGCUGUGGCUGCUGUGGCUGGGCUACGUCCUGUUAGCACGCUCCUCUGUCCCUUCCUCCUCCUCCGCGGACGAGGAAGACGAGGACCACAAUCUCGUGGCGAGACAGCUCGCCAUAGAGGAGAGCGGGGCUGAUGGACAGCUGGCUAGACCCCUCUACAUCAAGUCACCACCAGACAGCAAUGCACAUGGCGAGUGGGGUCGGGCCACGCACCUCACCCUCAGUCCUGAGGAGAAGAAACAGGAGCAGGACAGCGUGGAGCGCUACGCCAUCAAUAUCUUUCUCAGUGAUAAGAUUUCCCUCCACCGGCACAUCCAGGACCACAGGAUGAAUGAAUGCCGAAGUAAGAAGUUUGACUACCGGCGUUUACCCACCACCUCGGUGAUCAUAGCCUUCUACAACGAGGCCUGGUCCACCCUGCUGAGGACUAUUCACAGUGUCCUGGAGACCACGCCAGCCAUCCUGUUGAAAGAGAUCAUCCUCAUUGAUGACUACAGUGACCGAGGCUACCUGAAAUCCCAGCUAGCUGACUACAUCAGCAAUCUGCAACGCGUGCGGCUCAUCCGCACCAACAGGAGGGAGGGUCUGGUCCGGGCACGACUCAUUGGUGCCACCUAUGCUACGGGUGAUGUACUCACAUUCCUUGAUUGCCACUGUGAGUGCGUCCCUGGCUGGAUUGAGCCUCUGCUAGAAAGGAUUGGUGAGAAUGCCAGUACCAUCGUGUGCCCUGUGAUUGACACCAUUGACUGGAACACCUUUGAGUUCUACAUGCAAACGGAUGAGCCAAUGAUCGGAGGUUUUGACUGGAGACUCACCUUUCAGUGGCACUCAGUCCCCGAAGUAGAACGCAGGAGGCGCAAGUCUCGUAUUGACCCCAUCAGGUCUCCGACAAUGGCAGGUGGAUUAUUUGCUGUGAGCAAGGCCUACUUUGAGUACCUGGGCACAUAUGACAUGGGAAUGGAGGUGUGGGGAGGAGAAAACCUGGAGCUCUCUUUCAGGGUGUGGCAGUGUGGGGGCAGCCUGGAGAUUCACCCCUGCUCUCAUGUGGGCCACGUCUUCCCUAAAAAGGCCCCUUAUGCACGGCCAAACUUCCUCCAGAAUACCGUACGAGCUGCAGAGGUUUGGAUGGACUCCUAUAAACAACACUUUUACAACAGGAAUCCCCCGGCCAGAAAGGAGACCUAUGGUGAUAUCUCAGAGCGGCUGCUGCUGAGGAAGAGGCUGAAAUGCAACAGUUUUGACUGGUAUUUGAAGAAUAUCUACCCUGAUCUACAUGUACCUGAGGACAGGGUGGGCUGGCAUGGGGCUGUGCGAAGCUCAGGGAUACACUCGGAGUGUCUGGACUACAACGCUCCAGAGCACAGUCCCACAGGCGCACACCUAUCUCUGUUUGGCUGCCACGGCCAGGGAGGCAACCAGUACUUUGAAUACACGUCUCAAAUGGAGAUCCGUUUCAACUCGGUGACAGAGCUGUGUGCUGAAGUACCCGAGGGACAGACCUCCAUCGGGAUGAGGCACUGCCCUAGUGAUAAGGAGCUCAAACCCCCCAGUAUCGUUUGGGAGUUCAGAAAGGACGAGACCAUCUACCACCCUCACUCAGACAUGUGUGUGACAGCCUACCGCACAGCCGAGGGCCGCACGGACGCCCAGAUGAGGCGGUGUACCCCCGGAGACAAAAACCAGCAGUGGAAGUUUGAGUGGUAGAUGGAGGAGGAGAGGAAAGUAGCAGGGAACCUCAAGUGACCUUGUUUUUACCAUAGUGCAAUUAUUACAGUGGAUGUCUUCUGCGCUGCUCCCAAUUCUCCCGCUCUCCACGUUUGCACUCCAUUUAAAUGGGAACGGCGAGCAAAUAAAAGGCGGUGAAAGAAAGUCACUUUAAGCCAAUGAUUCACCCAAUUCAGUGCUUUUGUACCCAUGUGAAUGACUGAAUAAGUGCAGAUUGCGGCGGAGUGAAUGAUAAUAACAAGGAGAGGUUUAUUUGGUCUUUUUCUAAGGAGACCUGCUGAACUUGAGACUUUUACUUUUCGUUUUGCUUUCAUCUAAGUGCCUCUGCAACCAAAAUGGAGUCCAGCGCACAUCUUGAAGUGUCAUUAUUGUCAUGUGUUCUUCUGAUCUAAUGCAACAACUUGAAAGCAGCGACACUGAUUUGACUGUCCAGCAUAUAUUGAAGAAGUGCCUUUCGACAAGAUAGGAGACCGAGUAUUUCCUAGAAAAAUUACAUGCAAAAUCACGUUGCACUACAGAAUGGUACCUUGAUGUGCAAUUAAUAUUAAUUAUUAUUGCUAAAUCCUCAUGUGAUGUUGUUGUAGUUGUCAAAAAGUAACAAAUUUAAAGAGGUGCUGCUCAAAGAAGACGUGCCAGGAAUGUAAGUUCAGUUUUUUUUUUUGCCCCAAACCAGCUGCUUCCUAACAUGCUCCAUCAUGUGAGAGGAAAACGGGCAGGGGGGAGAGAGCGCAGCAGUCAUACUAGACUGCUUCUCACUUCUGUCUCUCGUCUGUGGAGCCAGUUUCAUGCUAGAAUGCUGCCUGAACAAGACUUGAAGCAUUCAUUAAGCAUUUGUACUAAGUGCAAUCUGCCCCAGAGGGCUCAGUGAGUUGACAGGAAUGUUGUAAUCUGUUCUUCCCUUUCCCGUGUAAAAAUUAAGAAUACCUUCGAAAUCCAUCUGUCACUGUGCCUUUGAAAAGGUCGUCGUCCUAAAAAGAACGCGUUUGUGCCGAAAUGAAAUGUGCCAGUGGAUGUCAAAUGUAUUUAGAACAUUUUUAAAAUGCUAAAAGCUAAAACAACACUGGCUUGAUGCACUUUCUAUUCAGACACAAAAAGCCUUAAAGGUAGCGCCUGUUUAAUUUAAUCCUUCAGCUUGGCUGUGCCAGACUGUUUGUUAAGACUCCUGUGUGUAAACUGUACUUGAAAAGACAUCCAAAAUUCUCCUGUUUUGUUUUGUUUUGUUUUUUUUCCACUGAAGACCCUGUUGGUGUUUCUAAUAGGAUUCAAGGACCAAGAGACGCAACUGUUGUUGAAAUGUUUGUUGAAUAGCAGCUGUAUUUGCUGAAGACUGCUUAUCACCGAGCAAUGUUUGGUGUCUGUGGUCCUUUGACUUAUUGAAUAUGAGAUAUUCAUACUAGUCAAUGGAUACAGAGGGGAAACAUAAGAUGACUCCUGUUUUGUGUUAACUUUUGUAAAUAAUGGUUUGUUUAAGGGACCAGAGGGGAACAGUGCUACCAUAAAGCACCUUUUAAAACUACUGAUAAUGCAAAAGGGAUGAUGAUUACUUGAUAUGAAGGAAAAUGGUGAUUGAAAUGGGAUUGAUGUUUAAAGGAAGAUUACAAUUGUUGGGAUGAUUGAAAGAAUAAAAAAAAACUAACCACA